GCAUGCGAUAACCACGAGUGCCUGUUUAGUAUACAAUAUCGACUUUGGCCAGAACCUCACACAGACCUUUAGAAAGACAGAAUGGACGGACAGCGGACAGGAUUAGCAGCAGUGCCUGAGAUGGACCCUUCUCUGAGGCAAGAUAAAUGUGAACAAGCCAACAGCACCAAACGUCUGAGCAAGCAGAUCCUUGCCAUUAUUGUUGUUGGUUCCAUUAUUCUUGUUGGGCAGUAUUCCCUAUGGCCAACAUUACAACCUUCCCAUCCAAUACCAGUUCACUUCCAGAUGCAGGAGGCAAAGGUCAUCAGUUGGACAAAUUGGUCAGAUUCUACCACACUAAAACCCAUCAAAAGUAGUAGGCCUACCAUCAUUCUGCUGUGGUAUUAUCCCUUUCGUGGAAAGACCAGAGUAGCUGCCAGUUAUUGCAAUGAUAAAUAUGGCAUUACCGACUGUGUCUUAGUGACCGAUCAGUCCUGGUUCCCCAAAGCAGACCUGGUUGUCUUCCACAACCGUGAGUUGGUCACUGGAGGGCGUACGUUACCACUGAAUCUGCCUCGGCCAAAAACCCAGAAAUGGGUUUGGCUAUCCUUGGAGAGUCCACCGCACAAUGGAAAUAUGAGGCCCCUCGCCGGUCACUUCAACUACACCAUGUGUUAUCGCCGGGACUCAGACAUCUACACGCCGUAUGGCUGGCUUGUGCCAAGCAAAGCUCCUAUUGGCACAACUGUUGAUGACUUCAUACCAAAGGGCAAAACUGGUCUGGCCUGUUGGAUAGUGAGCAACUUCAAGGCUAGACAUUUGAGGACACAAGUGUACAACAAGCUGAAAAAUGUCAUCCCGGUGGAUGUGUAUGGAGGAGCAAGAAAUAAACGUAUCUCUGCUGAUACUGUCCUACCCACAAUAUCUCGUUACUAUUUCUACCUCUCCUUUGAGAACAGCGUUGCUACAGACUACAUCAAUGAGAAAGUUUGGUCAAACGCUUUUAAGGGUGGUGCCAUACCAGUGGUUUUAGGCCCGCCACGGGAACAAUACGAGGCAGUCUUGCCAAAGAACUCCUUCAUCCAUGUGAAUGACUUCAGCACAGUAGAGGAACUGGGCCACUUCAUGAAGACACUGGCUGCAGAUAAAGAGCUUCACGCCACCUACUUAAGCCUGGCGUCUGAACUAUACCGUUGGGGGUAUAGAGGAUUUGUGGAGAGACUGUGCAAUGUCUGCCCAAUUCUUAGCAGUUUGCCUACAUCAAAGAUAUAUAAGGACUUACAUGGCUGGAAUUGGCAAUGA